CCUUUUGGGGCCCUCCCCCUACCUCAAGGCCUUUCCCCACACUCAGGGCAGCUGGUGACACAGUUGGGGUUCCCAUCACCAUCACCGUCUUCUGCCCCAUACACUGGAUGACUGAGCCACACUGGGCAGGUCCUUACAUGGGGCCAGGUUCCCUCUGCGGGUCCCCAGUCCUUCACCCUUUCUCUGAUGGGUCACUAACUUGGAUCCAACGAACAGAGCCACAGAGCAUGUCCAAGCUGCUCUUCCUGUCACUUGCCCUCUGGGCCAGCUGCUCCCCGGGUAACAUUGGGACAGCUCUAGUGGCUCUGAGCCAGCCCAGAGUGCAAUGCCAUGCCUCUCGGUACCCCGUGGCUGUGGACUGCUCCUGGAUGCCUCUCCAGGCUCCCAACUCCACCAGAUCCAUGUCCUUCAUUGCCACUUACAGGCUUGGUAUGGCCACGCAGCAGCAGAGCCAGCCCUGCCUACAACGGACCCCCCAGGCCUCCCGAUGCACCAUCCCCCACGUGCACCUGUUCUCCACAGUGCCCUACAUGCUAAAUGUCACUGCAGUGCACCCUGGAGGUGCCAGCAGCAGCCUCCUAGCCUUUGUGGCUGAGCGAAUCAUCAAGCCCGACCCUCCGGAAGGCGUGCGCCUGCGCAUAGCUGGACAGCGCCUGCAGGUGCUCUGGCAUCCUCCUUCUUCCUGGCCCUUCCCGGACAUCUUCUCUCUCAAGUACCGACUCCGCUACCGGCGCCGAGGAGCCUCUUACUUCCACCAGGUGGGACCCAUUGAAGCCACGACUUUCACCUUCAGGAACGUGAAACCCCAUGCCAAGUACUGCAUCCAGGUGUCAGCCCAGGACCUCACAGAUUAUGGAAAACCAAGUGACUGGAGCCUCCCUGGGCAAGUAGAAAGGGCACCUCAGAAGCCCUGAAGAGGAACUGGGUCCUUGAUAUCAGAGCCUGAUGUCGUCUACUAGAGGGUGGCUAGGUGCCCUGGUCUGAGUUCGAAUCCUGACUUUGCAUGUACUGAGCUGCUCUGAAGCAUUGGAGAAUGCACUUGACCUCUCCAGACCUCAAUUUCCAAACCCGUAGGGAUGAUCUUUCUCCUUCCAUCGGUGCAGGGCUUUGUGAACUUUAGGAGUGAUUUAAUUAGAAAAACUAAUUAAAUAAGAAUCAUCAUCAUG